GUCCUCAUGUGGGGGGCCAACCAUACGGUGAGCAGCGCGCGGACCCCCCCACCCCCCCCGCCCUCCCGACGCGGCAGAACGGCCUUCAUCCCAGCGCCCUGCCUGCCGUGGGGCCUCGGAGGGGAAUCGUCCUCACGGUCCCCUUCGAGCAGAGCCUCCUCGGCCCCCUCCCCCGCUGCCCCUUUCCUCCUACCCCCGUCCCACCGCAGCCUUUCCCCCGGGCGCUGCCCCCCAGCAUCCCUCUCCUCGGUUUCCCCAAUGCCAUUUGGGAUAAUGGCCCUUCCCGUAGGAUGCUGUGGUCCAGGCGUGCUUAGCUGAGGACACCCCCCCAGGACACCCCCUCAGCCCUAUCAACAGCCCCUGGUCUGCUGCCCCAGGGCCGUAUCUCAGUGAGGGGGCUGGGGAUCCCGCAGCUCCAUCCCAUAUCAUUGGGCCCGAUUUGCCCGGCCUUGAGCUGCUUUGACUCCCAUCUUUCUGCUGGCGGUGCCAUAUCUGUGUGUUCCUGAGCCAGCCUCAGUUUCCCCUCAAAGCCCCGGGACGGAGCAGGGAGCUGCUGUGUGGGAAUGGUUCGGCACUGCAGCCCACCCCCAUUGGACCUUCCUAAAAUCAUCCUUCUCUCUUCCUCUGGAAACCUCUCUUUUCUCCCUGGCGUGGGCUGGAAGGGAGGCCUGCCUUUCCACUUGGAUGUGGGUAACGAUGAUGUUCAGGUGGUUAAAACUAAGAAACCUCAUCCCUUCCUCAGUUAAGACACCUUCAGGCUCAAAGGCACUCACUUCUGCGUUGGCUUGGUGGGCGUUUCCUGGAUCCCUUUCCUUCUCUGGGUUUAGCUUUUGCAGGAAUAAACAACACUUUGGGGAAAAAAUAAGAUGAUAUUCCCAGCUCUCCUGACGAUGGAAUGAAUCUUCCCAGUGUAGUUCAGCACUGUUGUCUCUCCGAGCCAAAGGAUGCUCCCAACUCUUGCUGCUCCUCGCCCAAGAAGCAGGGCAAUGAGUUGAACCAGGCUUUGAUCAGCGAUGCCCUUAGGAGCCCUGAAGAAGCAGUGAAGCUGGUGGGGCUUUUCUCUUUCAUUUGUGGCCUCUUAGGGCUGCUGGCUGCCAGCUCGCCUUCGCCUGUGGCUGGCUGGGCAGCCUGGAGUCUUUUUUAGGCUCUGGAUCAGGGCCUGCAACUUUGGGAGCGCUUGGCUGUGAAAUAUUUCUGCAAGCUGAUAGUUCUCCUGGCUGGCUGUGUCCACAUGGACGGUAUCGGGUGCACGUUGUGAAGGAGCUGCUGCCAGAAACCAGGACCGUAUCCCCCAGGAGCUGGAAAAGGGUGGAGAACAUCUCAGCUGUGACCUCCCCCCCCACCCCGGUGCAGGCAGCAGGGAUUCCCCAGCUCCCAUUCCUGCAGCUCGGUUUGCAGUGGUGAGCAGGGCAGGCUGUGAGCCAAACUAUUUGUGUUUGCUCAACACACGAGCAGCUGCUCAUCCCGCUCUGCUCCCGAGAGAUGCCGCCGGCGCCCUGCUCGUGUGCAAGGUGGGAUUGCUUUAUGUUCUUCAAGCAGACGGCUCCGGGUGGCUGAUGGGUGUUUGCUGGAGCGCCUUGGAACCUCGUCAGAAAUCUGUUGGGGUUGUUUCACGUUUGGUUUCUGGUGCACAGCUUUCCAAGGAGAAGCGGACGCCGAGGCCGUGGGGGGCGCGCCGCUAUCAGCCCGAUCCCAUCAGAAGAGCUGGUGCUGGAGAUGAACUUUUUCGUGGAUAAAGGGAAACAAACAACCAUUUUAUGCAAUCCACCAUCUCUGCUGACCGAAGAAAUUCCCCCGGGUCCAUUAACUGAGUCUGGCAGCAGCGCAGCCCUGCCUUGUGUUUAAACAAGCUUGCUAGCAGCUGGUGCGAGUGCAGGCAGCGAUGGUCUGGAGAGGAUCAGAGCAGUGAUGUUAGUGCAGAGCACAGGAACUGCUUUUGGAACAGCCAUUCUGAGCGCUUCCAUGUGAAUUAUCAACGAACUCAGCAACGUCCCCGUCCCCGUCAUGUUGAUGCCUGAUGAUUUUAAAGCCUACAGUAAGAUCAAGGUGGACAAUCAUCUGUUCAACAAGGAAAACUUGCCGAGUCGCUUUAAAUUUAAGGAGUAUUGUCCUCUGGUGUUCCGAAACCUCCGGGAAAGGUUUGGGAUCGAUGACCAGGACUACCAGAACUCGGUGACACGAAGUGCCCCCGUGAACAGCGACAGCCAGGGCAGAUGUGGGGCCCGGUUCCUCACCACCUACGACAGGAGGUUUGUCAUUAAGGCCGUGUCGAGUGAGGAUGUAGCAGAGAUGCACAACAUCUUAAAGAAGUACCACCAGUUCAUAGUGGAGUGCCAUGGGAACACCCUUCUGCCCCAGUUCCUCGGCAUGUACCGGCUCACCGUGGAUGGAGUGGAAACCUACAUGGUGGUUACCAGAAACGUGUUCAGCCACAGGCUGACAGUGCACCGAAAAUACGACCUGAAGGGCUCAACAGUGUCCAGGGAAGCAAGCGACAAGGAGAAGGCCAAGGACCUGCCAACGUUCAAGGACAACGACUUCUUGAAUGAGGGGCAGAAGCUGCAUGUUGGGGAAGAGAGCAAAAAGAACUUCCUGGAGAAGCUGAAGCGGGACGUGGAGUUCUUAGCUCAGCUGAAGAUCAUGGACUACAGCCUGCUGGUUGGGAUCCACGAUGUUGACCGAGCAGAGCAGGAAGAGAUGGAAGUGGAGGAUCGGGCAGAGGAUGAGGAGUGUGAGAAUGAUGGCCUUGGAGGCAACCCCAUCUCCUCGUAUGGAACUCCCCCCGACAGCCCUGGCAAUCUCCUCAAUUACCCUCGUUUCUUUGGGCCCGGAGAGUUUGAUCCUUCAGUUGAUGUCUAUGCCAUGAAAAGCCACGACAGUGCCCCCAAGAAGGAAGUGUACUUCAUGGCCAUUAUAGACAUUCUUACGCCAUACGAUGCAAAGAAGAAAGCUGCACACGCUGCCAAAACAGUGAAACAUGGGGCUGGGGCAGAGAUCUCCACCGUGAACCCGGAGCAGUACUCCAAACGCUUCAAUGAAUUUAUGUCCAAUAUCCUGACAUAGUCAUCUCCAGCCUUCAGAGGAGCACGAAGAGAAGAGGGGCUACUUGCCAGCAGAGAACGCAGCCUGUGACACUAAAACAGACUCUGUAGCAGCAUGUGGGGUGUGUGUGUGUGUGUGUGUGUGAGAGAGAGAGAGAGCAAGAAUGAGUGUGUGGCACUGCGUGACUUCAGAGAAGACACAUUUUCGAUGCACCCUCCAACAGCCCACGUCAGCCAGGUGGGAGAAGGGGGGGGUGUUUUGUUACAGAAGUGCCCAGACAUCAAUUCGAGGGCUUUUUAAAACAAGAAAAGUGCAUUGUUUCCAGCACUGCUCUUCCUGACGGUGUUUCCUCCUCUCUGACCAAGGGACUCCCAGGGAUGUGACACGAGGCGCUGCUCGGGAGGGUCGCUCAGCUCACCUUCAUUGGAGUAAAGCAGUGCCUGAUGCCACAAACUACUCUUCUUUUUUCUUAAUUAAUCACCAUCAAAUUGUCUUUGCAAGAAAGGCCUGCAAGCCCUUUUGCUUCCCUCGUGCUAAGGAUUGGAAGGAAUAUCGCCCACCGUCUGGAGGAUGGAAAAUACUACAGUGAUAAGGAGGAGUCGCUGAACUGUGGGUGAAUUCAGACUGGGACACUUUAUACCUUUUGGUUAAUUUAAGUAACAAAAAAUAUGGGGUUUUUUUUGUUGUUGUUGUUGUUUUGUUUUGUUUUGUUUUUUGUAUCUGCACUCGAUUCACAAGAAAGAUGAGGGAAAUGAACAUCUACCAAAGAUGAUCACUAAGAGAGGUGUUUGCUCCCGGAGCCGAAGGAAGCAAUGUGAGAAGCAGCAGAGACGUUGAACAACAUCAGAUGCUGAUGUGCUCGGACCCAGCGUGCUGUCCAUUGGCCAGCUGUGAAGGCGUUGUGCAAGGACAAAGCAGCAAAGCUCUGUGUCCCCGUAGGUGUGGGAGACCACCUUGACUACCUGCAACCCUUCCCUGUGCACAGCAGCUGGGAGUUGCUGUGUCUCUUUGGUUCGUAGCUUCACGUCUGCAGUUCAGUGUUAAUCCAGCUAACGUUGCGUCUUCCUCAUCGGCUCGCUCUGCAGCAGGCAUGCUUGGAUUCACAUCCUGAUGGAGGGUUGUGCAUUCACGGGUUUGUUUUUGCCAUGGUGGCGUCACCGUGCCCGGAGCUGUGGCUGUGUGUGCUCCUCUCUGAGCACUAUGGAAGGAUGGGAAUGCUGACCCUCCCCCCUUCCCUUCCCCACUGGAGCUCAUUGAUGUGACUGAACGGCAUCCCGUUUCUCCCAGCCGGGCUGUGAGGCUUCUGUGGGCUCCAUUCUCAGCACUGCACGACGCUGAUGGACCUUUGGGUUCCUUCCUUCGUUUCCUUUCUCGGCAGGAUUCAGCGUCCUGAACAAAACCCGCCGUCGCAGUGCGUUGCUUAUCUGCCUUGAACUGUUUUCACAUAUGCCUUUGUUUUGGGAUGAAGCUCUUUGGGAUGUCUGCCCCGUGCUGUAAUGCGCUGCAGUGCUGCUCAGGGCUCGCUCCUUUCGGGGGAUCUCUGGUGCUCGAUGCAUCCCAGAUGUUCCCAUGGGCUGUGCUAUGGGAUGUAGGAUAGGGGCAGUUCUUGUGAUGCAGUGUGAGUGCCACCAAUCUCAGCUUGGGAGGGGGCAGAAGGGCCUCGAGCUUCAGCCCAUGGAGGCACACUGUAAAUAGGGCACUCACGGGGUCAGAAAUGACCGUUGGGGGUCACAGAGGGAUACGGACCUUUGUGGUCAUUUGAGUUGGGGCAGCCUUUAGAAGGAGUGCAGCUGAGAGAACGCUUUAGAAAGGGAGGACGGGAGGGCACGGCCGUGCUGUGGGCAUUACGUUGGUCGCUGUGCUCUUUUAAAGAGAGAAAAUAAGCACUUAAACGUUUACCACCCGUUAGGAAUUAAACACCCAUUGCCAGUUGGAAGAACCUGCAUCGGAUCUGCAGCUUUGGCCCGGUGAGCUUUGCUGCUGUCCUGGGCACUGAGCUCCCUCCUUCGAAACCCAUGGUCUUUAAAGCACGUAUUUAUAAAAGACUGAUCUAAAGGAAGAGGAAAAGGGGGUUUGGGGGCGGUGGGGAGGGGAAGGGGGGGGGGUCCAUGAGCUGCAGGCACUGAGCUGUGUUACUCCGCUCCAGCACAGCUCAUGCUGGGACUGAAUUGGAGGGCUGCAGCUCAGCCCUUCCCCAGCCCUGCCCCUGUAAGCAAAUGCCAUUUUCUCACUCGAUGCUGUGUUGCCCAGCUGUGUAACUUCGUUCAACGUGAGCGUUUCGUAUAUUGUUUACAUUCGGGGAGGUGGCAUUGUGUCCAAGAUGCUCAUUUUCGUGUCGAGACAGUAUUUUUCUUACCAGAACAAGAGGUGAAGCUGCAAAUACGUUGUUUUUAAAAGGGACUUUUUGGGUUUUCGGUUGUUCUUUUGUUCUGAAACCUUAUUUUAGGUCGUCGUUAUGAUUUUUUAACUCGAGUAUUUAAGAAAGCCUGGCCCGUUCCAUUCUGGUUUUACAGCUGCUCGUGCUCGUUUGUUGUCUGUUGCUGGUGUGAGUUUAGUUGUGCUGUGCUGGAUGUAGGUAGCUGUGUCUGUAGAUGUGCCCCACAGAGUGCAGGGGGGGGUUGGGGGCGCUCCCUGUGCCCCUGCCUGUCCCAGGGUGGGCUCUGAUGUGUCGAAAUGUGAGCACUGAAAUCUGCUUUGAGUUGCUUCGAAGGGGGGUCGUGGGGCAAAGGGGAGAGGGGAGAAGGAAGGCAGAGCGCAGCAGUGCGUGUCUGAGCGCUGCGCUGCCCUGCUGGUGCAAGAUAAAACGCUCAAGGAUAGGAUGGGGUCACCCCAAAGUGGGAGCUGUGUGUCCGGGGAGGGGGGGGGGGGGGCAGGGAGCACCACCCUGGGGGUCAGCACCAGGGGUCAGCCUGCUGGUGGCAACACGUGAGCAGUGACAGUGGGAGCUCAGUUCUCGCUGCAGGGAGCGGUGCACUCCUUCCCUCUCCAUCUCGGAGGGACCCCGUGUUCAAUAUGAAGGCCGUGAUUGUGAAGGUCCUCACGUGGAACUCAGGGUGGUUCGGUGGCUUCUGCUUCCCUGCAUCCCUGUGCUCUGUCCCCCCCCACCUUCCCCGGUGAAUCCUGGCUUCCAGCUGCUGUGCCCUGACCAGCAGGAGCACUGAAAGCACUCUGAGUUGUACUUUAGGAGCUGGGAGAGAAGACUCCGUGCGUCCCUGCAGGGCACUGCACAGCCCCGGCUGUGAGCUCCGACUGCGGUUUGGUGGCUGCAGGCUGUGUUUAAUAGGGAUUGUCUUCAUCUCAGAGCAGCUGCCUCCGUCCUGUGACUGCUAUGCAGUCUUUACAGAGGCCUCCCUUCGAGCUGCAUUGCUCUGUGUCCCACCCCGAGGUGGCACAGCAGUCAGUGUGUGCUAAACCUCAGUUUGGGACACCGUGCAACCAAUGUGCGAUGGAUCACUGUUACAACAGCAUCCUCUCCCCUUCCCAGCACCGUUUCAGGUUCGCUGUCACCUUGCCCUACUCCUGCAGAGCCGCUCUCCACGACCUCUAUCAGCCACUACUGAUUCUCCUUGCUCUUUUCCUGUGGAACAGCAAUGGCAAAGCACGGAGGACCAACUUCUGCUCGCUCAUUGCUGACCGUGGUUUUGGUUUUAUCACUCACAGCCCGCACUGCUCCCCGUCCAGCUGCACAAUGCAAAGUGCAGGGGAUCGAGUUGGGGCAAGGGAGCGUAGAACACAGGUCCUGAGAGGGGGGUGGGCAGGGCUAAUCAGUGCGACUGCAAACAAAUGUGAAUAAAUUAAGUUGAAAACUAAACGAAACAAAAAUAAUAAUAAUAAUAAUAAUGCGUUCUAGGUUUUUUUCACUGCUGUUUUUUAAAUAGGAAUUUUAAGUCCUCUGUGCUUGUCUGUUUGCUAGGAGCAGUUUGAGACACUGUUACUGUUUUGAAAUGCAUGCAUGUUACGAGAUGAGUCUCCAAGCAGAGAAAAAUAAAAUGAAAACUUUGUGUA